CAGUCGCAGAAACGGAAACGGUUUUUUCGACCCACCAAAUCCCAAACGCAGUGAGGCAGAGAGCUUCUUCAGCUCUUCGUCUCUACGGAGUAAAGACUACUCCGCACGAAAUCCAAUUCCUUCCGUUUGGUCACCGAGAAACUGUAGGAAAAUUAUAUGCAUAGGAGAAUUUUUCUUUAACAUUCUUCAUUGAUGUUUAGUGGCAGCUGAGGCUGGCACACCAACAACUUGGCUUACUUGAUCAGAUUAGCAUGGAUGGAAAUCUGCAUCCGUUUUCUCUUCCACAGUAUGAUAAAAUCCCUUUUGUAACGGGUCAAGAAAUCAAUUGCAGGCGCAUGUUAUAAAUUACCAUUCCUGUGAACUGAUAGAAGCCCAUUUUGCCGUUGGGAAGUGAGCUGACGAGCCGUCUUUUCUCUUCGCUAUCCAAGUAGAGAUUUCUCGAAUUCUGGAAACUAUCUCUGUAGGGAAAAAUGCAGAACGCGGAUGAAAUUCGCAAUCUCCCUAUUGACAUCGCUUUUGCUCGUCUUGGAGAAUGGCUGGUUGACCGGAAAAGAGUUCCGGGUGAUUGGCGAAAGCGAUUGGCAACAGUGAGAGCUCGGAUAUCCACAGCAUUCUCAUCCCUGCCCAAGGACAGUGAUCCUUAUUUCCAAACUCUGGACCCUGAAGGGAUUGGUUUCACUGAAGCCAAACGGAUAUAUGAUAUUCUUCUAAGUUCAACUCCCGAGAGCCGAAAUAUUUUUGGCCGGCUAUCAGGUGCUGCUGGUACUUGGGAGGUGAUUGUGCAUGCUUUUGAGAAAGAUUAUAUUUUCCUCGGAGAGGCUGCCCAAAUAAUGGUCCAAAAUGUGAAUUAUGAAAUUCCAUAUCAAAAAAAGCAGGUGCAAAAGAUCCAGCAACAGCUAGCGGAGCUGGAGCGCAAGGAAGCUGAUAUUAAAAGAAGUGCAGCUCUAUCUGCAGCUAAAUAUGCAGAGGCUUGUCAGGAGCUUGGGUUACAGGGUAAAAAUGUGAGAUUAGAACUUUUGGAGACUGCAAAAUCGCUUCCAAACACUUUUAGCAGAAUUCUGGAAGUAAUAAACAGUGAUUCUGUGACACAGGCUAUGGAAUAUUAUUCAAAUUUUGUCAGAGAUGCUCAUAUGGAUAAGGAUAAAAAUAUGCAGACUGUGCUACCGAAUUUGAGGGACAUUCGCGAAAAUCCCCCUUCAUUGAAUGUUUCUGCUGGCUCUGACAUCCUUGAUUCCAUGAAUGUCCAAACAAGCUUUGAUGAAUCACAUCAUUUGACUGGGGAGGUGCAUGCUGUUGCAGAUAAUAUAGACUGGGAUAUUUCUGUGGACAGCUCUCAGAUUGAUUGGGAUAUUGGUAUUGGGGAGGAAUCAGAGGAUGCUGGCAAUGGAUUGGGCCCCUAUGAGAUCGUAAAUGCCAGCGAAAUUUUACAAGAUUCUUCACUGAAUGAUGCUGUAGAAUCUGAUACGACCCCCUUAAAUAAAGAAGGGCAGAGCCCAAUCCCAGAUAGUUAUCCGUCAGAGAUAUCAUGGGAUAUUAACGUUGAGAAUCCUCAAGUUGAUGUGAUUGACGAUGCUUCUCUGCCAAAUGUAGGCCUGGAAGCUCAGACAUCUGUUCCAGAUGCUUUAACUCAGACCACAAAAAUUAAAGAAGACCGGAGUCAGCUGUUGGAGACAGAGUACAGGAAUAAUAUUCUUGAUGAUUUAUACGAGAUCAAAGCAUUUUUGAAUCAAAGGUUGGUGGAGUUAAGAAAUGAUGAGACCUUGUCCUUACAACAUCAAGUACAGGCAGUUGCUCCUUUUGUGCUGCAGCAAUACACAACUGAUGCCAUCCUGAUGAUGCUUUCUGAUGUUUCCUCAGCAAUUUCCUUGCUGACAAAUAGGAAAACACGGGAUUUGAUUAUGAUUCUAAAUUCCAAAAGAUUUCUGGACAGACUAGUUAGUACAUUGGAAGAAAAGAAGCAUCAUGAAGCAAAGUUAAAAGAGGGUUUGAAGGCUGUGGCUACCAAACGCAUGGAGCUUCACAAUUCAUUAUCUUCUUCUUGGCCAAAGCAAGAAGCGGCCCUGGCUAAAACGAGGGAGUUGAAGAAGCUCUGUGAGAGCACACUUUCAUCCAUGUUCGACGGAAGACCUGUCAAUAUCAUUGGAGAGAUCAACACCCUGUUGAAUAGUGGAAUUAGCAUGUAACUCUUGGACAACGUGUCAUCACUCAGAAGCAAUGUUGGCGACGUGAAAAUGCAGAUUGAAAUUCUGCACAGGACAAUUUCUGCUAGUAUUGACAUAGAAAAUUGGCAGAGCCCAUGUUCCUUUUGUUACCAAUAUUUAUUUAGUGCCUUAAUCACUAGGAGGUGCUUGGGUUCACACAGGAAACUUUCUUUGUUUAUGGCAAAUAAUGGUUUCUUCGGGAUGAGAUUUUUAAAAUUUUGAAGUUGCUUUCU